GUGUCGCACCCAGUUAGCAACUAUCUACCAUGUUUGCAGAACCCAGUUCGAUGAAAAUAUCGACGUGGUAGAUCAAGAGAAGCCGGAUGGGAUAGUAAGAAUGAGAAUGAGACGAAAUAAAAAGAAGUCCAUCAAGCAACAAUUUUUGGAGGGAUUCGAGAAAUUUAAUCGUAUCUCCAAAGAGGUCAAAGAGAGAGAAAGAACUCCAGUAGAAAAAAUUGUCUGGCUUCUUAUAUUUCUAAUAUGUUUCUCGUAUUGCGGUUGCCUAAUUUGGAAGUCAUACUGGAAAUGGAUGAAAAGUCCCUCGAUCGUUUUGUUAACUGAAAACUCCGAAUCAAUACUGAAGAUUCCAUUCCCAGCUGUAACGGUGUGUCCUGAAAGAAAAAUCAGAACCAGCGUGUUUUCUUUUGAAGAAUACAAUUUCAAUAUCUCUGAAUACUCGUAUGAAAACUUAACAGAAAAAGAGCAACAGAUGUACGAAGAUAUGCUCAUGAUUUGCGAUUGGAGUCAUACUGAAAUAAAAGGAAGAAAAUUCUCAAAGGCCAACGAGACAGUGAGUAAUAUAAGAAAGGUUUCGCCGAAACUAUCUAAUGUUAUUCAGUUAUGCAAAUGGAAUGGAAAAUUAAGAUCAUGCUCGAAUAUGUUUACAACUAUAUUCACUGAAACAGGACUCUGUUAUACGUUUAACACAAUCGGACCUGUGGAUAUGUUUCGAAUUGAUAAGUUGAACUCAGAUUACGAAUACAUGCCCAAUUUGACUAGAACAAGGAUCAAAAACUGGACACCACAAAACAGUUAUCUUUUAAACGCGCCUAUGGAUCACACGUACCCCGAGAGAGGUUCUGGUGCUGGCGCAAAGGCCGGCUUGAAGCUAAUACUAAGCGAAGAUAUAAAAGGUAUGGAUCCGGACUGCAAAGGCAUGAUAUCAGGUUUUAAGAUAUUACUUCAUCAUCCUACUGAACUACCGCGUCUUACACAGCAGUACAUUAGAAUUCCAAUUUACGAAGAAGUAACAAUAGCUUUUAAACCAAAAAAGAUAGUUACUUCUAAUGGACUGAGAAUGUUUCCUUCUGAGAGGCGCCAGUGUUACUACACAGGAGAGCACAAUCUAAAGUAUUUCAAACUGUACACGCAGACAAAUUGUGAAUUUGAAUGUCUAUCUAACUUUACCUAUGCGAGGUGUGAUUGCGUCCAUUACAGUAUGCCUCAGCCCACCGUCAACGAAAAAAUCGAGCAAAAGACCAAGAAGACUCCCAUGAAGAAGUUGUUCAAGAUUCAAUGA